AUGAAACUUAUUAUGAUUGGGGAGUCAUCAGUUGGAAAGACGUGUUGUAUGAAUAGAUUUGUGAGUGAUCAGUUUAGUGAAGUAACAAAGUCAACAGUUGGAGUAGGAAUGGUUUCAAAAGAAAUUGAGGUUAAUGGAAUCAAAGUUAAACUUCAAAUCUGGGACACUGCUGGACAAGAAAGAUUUGCUACACUAAGUAGUAAUUACUUCAGAAAUGCUAUGGGAGGAGUUAUUAUGUUUGAUGUUAGUAAUAGGCAAUCAUUUGAAAAUAUUUCCAAUUGGAUUGAUGCAUGUAACAAAAUUGAAGAAAAAAGGGUUCUAGUGUUAGCUGGAAAUAAAGUUGAUUUAAGUGAACGUGUUAUUACUAAAGAGGAAGGAGAGGCACGAGCCAAAGAAUUUGGGUUGAAGUAUUUUGAAGUAUCUGCUAAAACAGGGGCUGGAAUAAAUGAGAUGUUUGAGACGUUAACAAAAGAAAUUGUCACUUUACCAAAAGUUGAAGCACAAAAUAACAAUGAAGAAGUUUCUAUUAACUUGGCAUCAGUUGAUAAAGAAACCUCAAAGAAAGGUAAAGGAGGGUGUUGCUAA